CCCCCUCGCUCUUGGCCCCAACCUGCUACAUGCUGCAAAAUGGCAUCCAUGCAAGGUUGAAGGGACCGGCCGACUGAUGGAUGAUGAUGAUGAUGAGCUCCUUGGAAUAAUCGCAGACGUCACUCGCUCUCUUCCCUGUUCCCCUUUUUUUUUGGUCGACUCCCCAUACUAUUACACUCGUAUAAAUACCCCCACGCUCCAACGGAAUUCCCCGCUCACUCCACACCCGCAAAAAGCCUCAUCCGCCCGCCCACCACCACCGGCCAACGCUUGGGUUGCUUGCUCUUCGCAACAUUCUACAUCCGACUCGUCGACCAGCGCGCCUAUAUCUUACACCACACUUCCGACUUGGCAGCUACCUCCUGUUCACCCCACCGACUUGUCGAGAUCAAACCGUGAACGAUGGCCAUACCACACUUCCGCAGCAACAGGAACCCUAGUGCAGGCACUAUUCCCCCUUCGGGCAACCAGCCUGUGUACAAGGACGAACCCUUCACCCCCCGAGGCUACAUCCGCAACUAUGCCGCCGACUACAUCAUCAUGGCCUGCAUGGGCGCCCUCGGGCUCGGUAUCUACAUGCUCAGGCCCGCACCCAACCGCCUCUUCCCCAUCUACUUUCAGGAUGGAGAGGUCGUAUACCCAGAGUUUGCCUACCCGUUGGAGAAAAACAUCAUUCCCAUCUGGCUGGCCGCUUUCCUUGCUUUUACGAUUCCGACGCUGUUUAUCAUCUUGAUGCAGAUCAGGAUUCGCAGCUUUUACGAUGCUAAUGCGGCGAUCAUGGGUCUUCUCUUCAGCUUGAUCACAGCCGCGGUCUUCCAAGUCUUCCUGAAAUGGCUCAUCGGCGGUCUCCGCCCCCACUUCUACGCCGUCUGCAAGCCCAGCAUCCCCCCCGCCCUAGCCAACGCUGGUCAAGGCUUCAGCGGCAUCAUGGUCGACAGGAGCGUGUGCACGGGUGACGAGAAAGAGAUCAACGACUCGCUUGAGAGCUUCCCCAGUGGACACUCGACCGCUGCGUUUGCCGGGUUCUUGUAUCUGUCGUACUAUCUUAACGCCAAGUUGAAGAUUUUCUCAAACUACCGUCCCGCGUUCUGGAAGCUUCUUCUGUUCUACGCUCCUAUUCUUGCCGCUACCCUCAUUGCCGGCUCAUUGACCAUCGACAAGUACCACCACUGGUACGACGUCCUCGGCGGCGCCAUCAUCGGCAGCAUGGUCGCCACCGGCGCCUACCGCUUCCAAUACGCCGCCCUCUUCGACUACCGCUUCAACCACAUCCCACUCCCCAAGGGCGGCCAGAACUUCUUCCGCUACGCCCCCGGCGCCAGCGACGGUCCAUUGGUCCGCCCGGCAACUCGCAAGGCUGGGUGGGGCGGCGAGUACGGAGCCCCGGUGGCUGGCGCGCCCUCCGACGCGAUGUUUGGUGGCGCGGGCGCUGCUGGCGUGCCACACAUGGCCGCGGCACCGCAACAUGGCGAGUUGAACGUGUAAACCGCUUCGAGCAUCUUCGUCACUAUGUCUUUGCACAUUUUUUGGGUCUCUCCUUUUGUAUUGCUGAGCUCGCAUAUACCGCAUGCGUGCGUGAGAUGUAUCCCCGACCACCAAGUUUGAUUGUAUCAUUAGCCGCUUGCUUGUACAAUCAGUGUUUCUUAAUGACUGCAAAUAAAACAUUUCGUCGCACAUAA